AUGGAGUGGGUGUCAGGGAGCGGGUGUCAUGGAGUGGCUGUCAGGGAGCGGAUGUUAGGGAGCGGGUGUCAGGGAGUGUGUGUCAGGGAGCGGGUGUCAUGGAGUGGGUGUCAGGUAGCGGGUGUCAUGGAGUGGGUGUCAGGGAGCGGGUGUCAUGGAGUGGGUGUCAGGGAGUGGGUGUCAUGGAGUGGGUGUCAGGGAGCGGGUGUCAGGAAGUGGGUGUCAUGGAGUGGGUGUCAGGGAGCGGGUGUCAUGGAGUGGGUGUCAGGGAGCGGGUGUCAUGGAGUGGGUGUCAGGGAGCGGGUGUCAUGGAGUGGGUGUCAUGGAGUGGGUAUCAGGGAGCGGGCGUCAGGGAGCGGGUGUCAUGGAGUGGGUGUCAGGGAGCGGGUGUCAGGGAGCGGGUGUCAUGGAGUGGGUGUCAGGGAGCGGGUGUCAGGGAGCGGGUGUCAGGGAGCGGGUGUCAUGGAGUGGGUGUCAUGGAGUGGGUGUCAUGGAGCGGGUGUCAGGGAGCGGGUGUCAGGGAACGGGUGUCAUGGAGCGGGUGUCAGGGAGCGGGUGUCAGGGAGCGGGUGUCAUGGAGUGGGUGUCAGGGAGCGGGUGUCAGGGAGUGGGUGUCAGGGAGCGGGUGUCAUGGAGUGGGUGUCAGGGAGCGGGUGUCAUGGAGUGGGUGUCAUGGAGUGGGUGUCAGGGAGCGGGUGUCAGGGAGCGGGUGUCAUGGAGUGGGUGUCAUGGAGUGGGUGUCAGGGAGCGGGUGUCAGGGAGCGGGUGUCAGGGAGCGGGUGUCAUGGAGUGGGUGUCAGGGAGCGGGUGUCAGGGAGCGGGUGGGGUGUCAUGGAGUGGGUGUCAUGGAGUGGGUGUCAGGGAGCGGGUGUCAGGGAGCGGGUGUCAGGGAGCGGGUGUCAGGGAGCGGGUGUCAGGGAGCGGGUGUCAUGGAGUAGGUGUCAGGGAGCGGGCGUCAGGGAGCGGGUGUCAUGGAGUGGGUGUCAUGGAGUGGGUGUCAUGGAGUGGGUGUCAGGGAGCGGGUAUUAG